AUGUUGACAGCAGUAUCAGAAUGGGAAUCACCUGAUCAUAUUUUCCUCGGUGACGGUAUUACAUUGCGGCUAGAUAAACAUGAGCCUGCUAAACAAGCCAAAGAAGUGCAUUUCGCGCUGCCCAAUGGCGAGAAACUUACCUACGGAGAGAUUAGCGCUUUGGCAGGUGAUUUCUUUGGAACAUGGAAACCUAUUAGUGAUGCACCUGACCCAGAGGAGCGGACCCGUUGCUUUAUAUCAGCUUGGGAAAGCCUGGCUGUAGAAACCAGACUCAAAUCUGAAAUACGCAGCAUUCUUUACAUUAUCAAUGAGCAAAAGGCUGCUGUCGAACAAGCCAUCAAACACGGUAGACAUCCUUCCGAAGUCUAUAAGAGUCCACUGUGGGACAUACGGUUUCAGAAUGCAACACAAGGUCGCAAAAAUCAGAAACUCCCUACGUAUCUGGACUUGGCGAGAUUGGAUUGGGACCAUUUCGGGCUUGAUGCACGGCUUUCAUACAACACGGGGCACGCAGUUGCGAUUGAAAUUGCCAAAAAGGGGACACAAGAAGCUCUGCUGACUGCCUAUGCUAUAAAUGCCUUUGCGGAUCACUUCUUGCAAGAUUCGUUCUCCGCUGGCCAUAUACGAACUCCACGACGUGCCCUACAUUUUGGAGAUAAUGUAGAUGUUGAUAACAAGGCCAAGUUGAUGCAUGACGAGGAUGGCGAGAAGGGCCUCCAUGUGUCUAGUCGUACACAAUGCAAGUGGACCAUGUACGGAGACAUGAACUUCCUUGAUAAAGAGAACAAAGAAAACCGCGAAUACUGUCACCAAGCAGUACAAUCAUCCGUGAAUGAGAUUUUUGAAGCCUGGAAGGAUGGAGAAUCCGCUUCUCCUAAAGACUACAAGGCCUGGACCUACGCUCCCGAUAUCAAAACUGCUUUCUCUCCCCAUAAUCAUACGCCUAUGUUUUCCAUUCAGGAACGACCUAAGCAGAGGCCUUGGUACACACAGAUAUACGACUAUAUCCUUUCAAUUGGUUAA